ACAAUGAAAUAAAAAGAGAUAAAGCAAAAUGCGGCUAUGUCGGUCCUGAAAGAAGGAGAAGACUCGUAUCGUAUAUGCGUGGUGGCGUAGAAUAAGACAUAACAUAACAGAUCUUUUUUUCCAACUUGAAAAUCUUCACUUCCCAAAAUCGAUUAUUCUUAUUCUUAUUCAUUGAAACCAAAACCCUAAUCCCAUUCUUCCCCGCUCCACUCUCAUUCUAUCUUCCCAAAAUUCUCCAAUGAGCUAUCAAAUGAAUGGUCAAGAUGCACGCAGAGAUUUAAAAAGAAAGCUCCCUCAAAUGGAUCGAGGGCAAGAACGGAGAUCUUAUAAUAUGAAUUCUACACCUUAUGAUUGGAAUGCACUUCCUCCGGGUUGGUUAGACUGCCCAGCACAUGGGCAAGAACUAGGUUGCUUAAUCCCUUCAAAGGUUCCACUUGGUGAAUCCUUCAAUGAUUACAUUCCGAAUAAAAAAUAUACCCCCAAGCAAGCAAUUCUUCAACAGAGAGCUUUAGGUAGAGAACUUGGUUUAGUGAUUGAUCUGACAAAUACUACUCGUUACUAUCCAUUAUCAGAUUGGACAAAAGAAGGGAUUGGCCAUGUCAAGAUAAGAUGCAAAGGAAGAGAUUCUGUACCUGAUGAUGAAUCUGUACAAAAGUUUUGCAAUGAGGUUCUGGAUUUUUGCUCCCGGAGAUCAAACACAAAGAAAUAUAUACUUGUACACUGCACUCAUGGGCAUAAUCGUACAGGCUAUAUGAUUGUUCAUUUUCUUGUGCGUACAGAAUCACUAUCUGUCACUGAGGCAAUAAAUAAAUUUGCACAGGCACGCCCCCCAGGAAUUUACAAACAGGAUUACAUUGAUACCCUGUACAUGUUUUUUAAUGAAAAGAAGCCUGAAAGUCUUGUUUGUCCACAAACUCCAGAAUGGAAGAGCCUCCCUGAUCCUGACGUUCAUGAUGUGUCUUUCUCAGCUACAGACAAUCGUGCAGACAUUUUGCAGCAGGAGAAUAUCGUGAGGAAUGGAGUAAUGACAAAUGAUGAUGUUUUGGGAGAUCCCAUUCCUUCAAACCAGCUUCGUACAAUGCAAGAACUUUGUUAUCAACUGCUCAAGUUGGGCAAAGGGGGAAGAGGAGUUUUGUACUUUCCCGGAUCACACCCUGUUUCUCUGAACAGGGAGAAUUUACAACUCUUAAGACAGCGGUAUUACUAUGCCACAUGGAAAGCUGACGGGACACGGUAUAUGAUGCUAAUCACUGGGGAUGGAUGUUAUCUGAUUGACAGAAAAUUUCAUUUCCAAAGGAUCUCUAUGCGGUUUCCUUGCAAAUACUCAAAUGGGGGUACACCCGAAAGGAAUCACCACUACACAUUACUUGACGGGGAAAUGAUUAUUGACACGGAUCCACAUACUCAUAAGCAAGAAAGAAGAUACCUCAUUUAUGAUUUGAUAGCAAUCAAUCAAGUCUCUCUGACAGAGAUGCCAUUCUAUGAAAGGUGGAAAUUGCUGGAGAAAGAAGUAAUUGAACCCCGUAACAUGGAACGCGAAGCCCUAUCCAAGAGUAUAAGUCCUUAUUAUAGAUACGACUUCGAACCAUUUGGUGUGAGGAGGAAGGGUUUUUGGUUACUAUCUACCGUGUCAAAGCUCCUUCAUAAAUUCAUUCCACAACUCUCACACUCAUCAGAUGGUCUUGUAUUCCAGAUGCUGUCUGCUUUAUCAACCUGUCUGUUAUUUAUGUCCGGAUUUUAUCAGGGUUGGGAUGAUCCAUAUGUCCCUCGCACGCAUGAAGGUCUUCUGAAGUGGAAAUACCCUGAAAUGAACUCUGUUGAUUUCCACUUUGAGGUGGGAGCUGAUGGUCGACCCCUGCUUUUUCUGUUUGAACGUGGAAAGAAGAAGUUAAUGGAAGGGAAUACUGUUAUUUUUAAAGAUUCGGAAGAUAUUUCUUCCUAUUCAGGGAGAAUAAUUGAGUGCUACUGGGAUGCUGCAGAGCAUCACUGGGUCUGUAUGCGGAUCAGAGCUGAUAAAGCAACUCCAAAUGAGAUCAAUACUUAUAGAAAGGUAAUGCGAAGCAUAAAGGAUAAUAUCACAGAAGAAGUCGUGUUGAAGGAGAUUAAUGAGAUCAUUCGACUACCCUUGUAUGCAGACAGAAUACAGAGGGAUAUCAAGGCUCACCAGCAUAUGGUCUCUUCGCGGCGCAAGUGAGUUAUCAUAAAAGCAAGGCACAAGCAAGCAAGACUGACUAACUAUUAUGCCUGGUAGCGAAGCGGUACAUGCCGAAGUUAUUCUAUGCUCUACGCCGUUCAUUCUCAAUAUCAUGCUUCACCCACUUUGUGAAAAAGGUUUAGGAUCUCUUGAUGUUGUCUGUGGCUAUUACGUUUUUGACCGUUGUUGUAUAUUAACAAUUUUGCCAAUUUUCUGUAUUAUUUUUUUAACAUAAAGCAAAGACGAGUUCCUAAGA